AUGACAUUUCAGCGGGAAUGCUUGUCAGUACAUGUUGGACAGGGAGGUGUCCAAAUUGGAAACGCGUGUUGGGAACUUUAUUGUUUGGAACAUGGAAUUCAGCCCGAUGGAAAUAUGCCCUGCGCCUGUUCACCAUAUUCCGGAAUGGACGAAUCUUUUAGCACCUUUUUCAGUGAAACUGGAGCAGGUAAACAUGUUCCUCGAGCGGUCAUGGUGGACUUGGAACCCACAGUAAUAGACGAAGUUCGAACUGGAACGUACAGGCAACUCUUUCAUCCUGAACAAUUGAUCUCUGGGAAGGAAGAUGCAGCUAACAAUUAUGCACGUGGUCAUUAUACUGUUGGAAAGGAGAUGGUUGACCUUGUUCUGGACAGGAUAAGGAAACUGGCUGACCAGUGUUGUGGUUUGCAGGGAUUUCUCAUUUUCCAUUCCUUCGGGGGAGGUACCGGUUCAGGCUUUGCAUCUCUAAUGUUGGAACGUCUUUCGUUGGAUUAUGGUAAAAAAUCUAAACUACAAUUCCCGAUUAUUCCAUCGCCCUGCAUAUCGACAGCUGUUGUAGAACCUUAUAAUGCAAUGCUCACUAUCCACACAACGAUGGAGUUUGCGGAUUGUGCAUUUAUGGCCGAUAAUGAAGCCCUUUACGACGUCUGCAGGAGAAACUUGGACAUUGAACGACCAACAUAUACCAAUUUAAAUCGCCUUCUAGCCCAGGCAGUGUCCGCUAUGACAGCAUCCUUGAGAUUCGACGGUGCAGCAAAUGUGGAUCUCCUUGAAUUCCAGACAAAUCUGGUGCCUUAUCCCAGAAUUCAUUUUCCACUAUCCACAUACGCCCCUAUUAUAUCAGCAGAAAAAGCCUAUCACGAAACUUUAAGCACAUAUGAAAUAACAAGUGCUUGUUUUGAACCUGCAAAUCAGUUGGUAAAAUGCGAUCCCAGGCACGGAAAAUAUAUGGCUUGCUGUUUGCUAUUUCGAGGAGAUGUGGUACCGAAAGAUGUAAACGCUACAAUUUGCGCGAUUAAAUCUAAAAGAAGUAUUCAGUUUGUUGAUUGGUGCCCGACUGGUUUUAAGAUUGGAAUGAAUUAUCAACCACCUACUGUUGUUCCUGGUGGUGAUUUGGCACGUGUUCAACGUGCAGUAUGCAUGAUGUCUAAUACAACCGCGGUAGCAGAAGCUUGGGCACGAUUAGAUCACCAAUUUGAUCUUAUGUACUGUAAAAGAGCAUUUGUACACUGGUAUGUAGGUGAAGGAAUGGAGGAAGGAGAAUUUUCCGAGGCUAGAACAGAUCUUGCUGGUCUCGAAAGAGAUUAUGAAGAAGUCGGUACUGGUUGUGAACCUGAUUGUGGCGCAGAAUGCGUAGAUGAAUACUAA